AUGGAUUCGGCGGCGAACGCGAAGCGCGUCGCGCCGGGGAUCCGGGCGUAUCUGAACAGACGGCGACGACCGCUGACGGCGAGCCAACAUCGGAGCUUGGUGCUGGCGGUGACGUUCGCGGCGUACGCGAUGUAUCACGCGUCGAGAAAGCCGCCGAGCAUCGUGAAGAGCGUGUUGCACCCGGACGAGGAGAGCGUGAAGAUGGGCGCGCGGGGAUGGGCGCCGUUCGACGGCGAGGACGGGACGACGGUGAUCGGGACGUGCGAUUUCGCGUUUUUGGCGAGCUACAGCGUGGGGAUGUUUUUCAGCGGACACAUCGGCGAUAGGAUGGAUUUGAGAAAGUUUUUGACGUUUGGGAUGCUGAUGAGUGGGUUUUGGGUGUCGAUGUUCGGGAUGGGGUAUUAUUGGAACGUGCACAGCGUUUGGUAUUACGUCGCGGUGCAAAUGGUGGCGGGAGUGAUGCAAUCGACGGGAUGGCCGUCGGUGGUGAGCGUCAUGGGGAACUGGUUCGGUAAGGGUAAGAGAGGGUUGAUCAUGGGCGUGUGGAACGCGCACACGUCGGUGGGGAACAUGCUCGGGAGCAUUUUGGCCGCUUCUGCGCUUCGGAAUUCGAACUGGGGGAUGAGUUUUAUCAUUCCUGGGGUGUUGAUGAUGGUGACGGGGAUGUUGGUUUGGAACUUUCUCGUCGUCGCUCCGGAAGACGUCGGGCUGCCCCCGGCGAACGCCCCGACGUCGUCGUCUUCGGCGACUGCGUUGGAUGAGUUCGAUGAAGAGUCCAUGGCGCGGCGUAGGUUGAUCGAAGGUGGCUCCUCGCGAGGCACGGAGCGCGAAAAAGCGGUGGGUUUCGUCGCGGCGCUCAAAAUUCCCGGCGUGAUUACGUUUUCGCUCUGCCUAUUCUUCACCAAGCUUGUCGCGUACACGUUCUUGUACUGGCUGCCGUUUUACAUCGAACGCACUGAAAUCGCGGGGAAUUAUCUGAGCGCGGCGAAGGCGGGUGAAUUGAGCAUCGUCUUUGAUCUCGGCGGGAUUUUGGGCGGGAUUUUAGCCGGAUACGUCAGCGACAAGUACAACGCGCGAUCGAUGACUGCGGCCGGUUUCGUGUACUUAUCCAUCCCCGUGCUGUACAUGUAUCGCGAGUUCGGGUCACGAUCGAUGUCCAUGAACCUCGGUCUCAUGGCUCUCAGCGGUAUGCUCGUCAAUGGCCCGUACGCCCUCAUCACCACCGCGGUGAGCGCGGAUUUGGGUACGCACGAAAGCUUAAAGGGUAACUCCCGAGCGCUCGCGACCGUGACCGCGAUCAUCGACGGUACGGGAUCUAUCGGUGCCGCCAUCGGUCCCAUGCUCACCGGCUUCAUUACAUCUUUUUCGGACGAUUGGAAUCACGUGUUUUACAUGCUCUACGUCGCAGAUUUGUGCGCCGGUUUGCUCUUGACGCGUUUGAUUUUCAAAGAGGCGCGCGCCAUGCUCGCCGCCAGCGCGGUGUAA